UCCAAUUACAUAUCUUCAAACUUGAAUGGCCAUGUCGCAGGAACAAGAAGUGGGCAAGCUAGCCAUCAGGUUAGCAAACGGCGCGGUCCUUCCCAUGGUGAUGAAAUCAGCCAUCGAGCUGAACCUCAUAGAUAUCAUCUUUGCCUCUGGUGAUGGCGUUUUCCUUUCACCUUCCGACAUCGCGAGUAUGCUCCCCACCAAGAACCCUGACGCUCCCAUUUUGCUCGACCGCAUGCUACGACUCUUGGCUAGCUAUGAUAUACUCAAAUGCUCGGUUAGAAGAGAAGAGAAUGGACAAGUUAAAAGAUUGUACGGUGUUGCACCCAUUUGCAAGUUCUUUGUGAACAAUGAAGAUGGAGGCUCGGUUGCUAGUUUGUUGCAGUUGUUGCACGACAAGGUCACCAUGGAAGGCUGGUAUCAUCUAACCGAUACCGUGCUUGAAGGUGGAAGCCCUUUCAAUAGAGCACAUGGAAUGAGAUCUGCUUUUGAAUACAUGGAAAAGGACCCAAUCCAUCACCAGUUAUUUAACAAAGCAAUGUCAAACAACACUACUUUGAUCAUGAAGAAGAUGGUUGAUGUUUACAAAGGAUUUGAAGGCGUCAAAGUAUUAGUAGACGUGGGUGGUGGAAUUGGUGCUAAUCUUGGCACCAUCACUUCUAAGUAUCCUUACAUUAAAGGCAUAAACUUUGAUUUACCACAUGUUGUAGCUCAUGCACCUCCAAUAUCAGGUGUUGAGCAUGUUGGAGGAGAUAUGUUCACAAAUAUUCCAAAAGGUGACGCCAUUUUCUUAAAGACAGUUCUACAUGAUUGGGGUGAUGAAGACUGCUCGAAAAUUCUCAAGAAAUGUUGUGAAGCUCUUCCAAACUCUGGAAAAGUACUCGUUGUAGAAGUGAAUGUUCCUGAGAUUCCUGAAAAUAAUGUUUCAUCAAACAUUGCCUGCGAACUAGAUCUCUUGAUGAUGAUUGUGCACCCAGGAGGAAGAGAGCGGACACUUAAAGAGUUUGAGGCAUUAGCUUUGGAAUCCGGAUUUUCCAGGUGUGAAGUUAUAUGCUCUGCAUACAACAGCUGGGUUUUGGAGUUCCACAAAUGAGCACACUAAUUCUGAAGCCUUCUCGAUAAUAAAAGCAGUCGUUCUCUCUGUUUUCUGCUUCAUGUGUGUGACCAGUAAUAAAGGUUUGAAUUCCAGGGAGUCCAUUGUUAUGUUAUAAAAAUAAGGGAUUGGUUAAAAAAUACUUUGGAGGGCUCCGUUAGUGUAACUUUAUACAACAAAUCUAAUAUUUGUGUUGUUAUACAACGUGAUAUAUCAUCAUGUUAUUAUAUAUUAUUUUAUCUUUAUUUAAAAAUAUGUGAAUAUAAUUUAUUUUGAUUUU